AUGCAACCCCAUCCACGGAAGCUGCACGGACUGGACAACCUCGCCCCGACAACCACCUGGCAUCAUACCUACCUUAGCUGUGAACUCUCAGCUCACUCUCCAGCUCUCCAAGAAAGGCUUCUUCUCCCUCUCGUCUUUGUCUUGUUCCUCGGACGACCCCAUAUUUCUCACACGCCUCAUCCGUCACAUGCGGCCGGAUCCCUCCUUCAGCUUGAGCGCCGCCACCUCCACCUCCCGCUUCCAACUGCUAUCACAACUCCACACAUCAUCGUUCGCAGCUGGUACCGAGCCAGUUUUACGCCUCUGCCACCCUCCCACUCGGAUGCCGCAUUCUUCUGGCAAACGGCCAGCUUCUCGUUAACCCCAGCUUUUCUUACCGCGGUCUGCUGCCGCGGAGAGGCCGUCCUGGACUCCUCCGGCGAGCCCUCACGCCCCAGUCUCCCCGAUCACACCUCCGACCACCCACACACGCCGCAACUCCUCUCGAUCUCUUCCAGCACUGAUAUCUCUGCCCAAAUCCCCAACAUUACCACAGAUUAUAGCUUCAACGCCCUCCACGGCGACAACACACACCACCCGAGUCGAUCCCCAACCGGCAUUGCGAAUAUAGGUUCUUCCGUUGCUGGCCUUGACAGGCUCUCGAGUCCCGUGCCGCCUCAGAUCCUCGGACGACGCCCACGAUCGCCGUCUUUCGACCCUCUUCUGGACCUCCAGACUGACUCUUGUCUCGAGUCUGAGGGCGUCUACGACACUAUUGCCGAACCCCCUUCUAAACGAAGACGAGGCAACGACAGGAUGGGCGCGAGUGAUACACUUGAUCCGCACAAUGGCGCUUCCCUAGGAUUCUCCAACGGCUCGACCGCUCCGCAGUCCCAGCAGUCGGCUUCUACAGGAGUGACUAAUGGCCACAAGGCCGCGCUGAAUGGUUCAGCCGGGGACAAGAACAAUGCUGCUGGCAGACCGAGCCAACGACCCCAAACAUACUUUGGUCAUGACCGUCAAGAAGUGACCCGGCUGUUGAUACAGGCGUUAUCUGAUAUGGGAUACCAAGCUGCCGCCGAUAAUGUGAGCCAGGAGAGUGGCUAUGAGCUCGAGAGUCCCACUGUGGCCGGCUUUAGAUCUGCCGUGCUCAGUGGCUCAUGGCCCGUGGCAGAGGAGUUGCUUGCCGGCGCUUCAUAUGAGUCAGAUGGCCAAGGGAAUGGGCUAGUUCUGGCAGCCGGUGCCGACCGCAACGCCAUGAGGUUCUGGCUAAGGCAGCAGAAGUUUCUGGAGCUGUUGGAGCAGAAGGACACCAGUCGGGCUCUCACAGUGCUUCGAGGAGAGCUGACUCCGCUCUCACACGACACCGCAAAGCUCCAUUUCCUGUCAAGCUUGCUCAUGUGCCGUUCUGUUGAGGACCUCAUGGUAAGGGCAGAGUGGGAUGGGGCUGGUGGCGAGUCUCGAAAGCGACUAUUAUCGCAGCUUUCCAAAUGUAUAUCUCCUUCGGUCAUGUUACCCGAGAAUCGCCUUGCAGUCCUCCUUGAACAAGUCAAGCAAAGCCAAAUCGACACCUGUUUGUAUCAUACUGAGGCGUUGUCACCAUCACUAUACUCGGAUCACCUUUGUGAUAAACGAAACUUCCCCACAGAAGUGGCAGUGGAGGUGUCUGAUCUCGACGGAGAGAUCUGGCAGGUCCAGUUCUCACAUGACGGAACCAGGCUUGCUGCUUGUGGCAGCAGUGACUACGUUAUGAUAUGGAGUGCCAAGACAUUCGACGUGCUCAGCGUUCUUCGUGGCCAUGAGGGUGGUGUUGGAAACAUAUCAUUCAGCCCGGACGACUCCAUGAUUGUGUGUUGCUGCAGAGAUGGCUAUGCUCGGCUAUGGAACACCCAUACCGGCACACUCAUCAAGAAGUUCAGUCGAUUCGAGGAACCCGUAAGUGGUUGUGUCUGGGACCGGAAUAACCGGUCAUUCGUUCUCGGAACACUUGAUCCCAACUACAGCCUGCGGACCGUGAAUGUGCAUGAUGACGAAGUGUACGACUGGGGGAAGAAGCAUCGUGUUCAGGACAUAUGCGGAUCUCCCGAUGGCCGCUGGCUUGUCGCCGUGGAUCAUCUGCAGACAAUUCAUGUCUACAACGCCUUGACGCGAGAGCUCGAGUUUGAUAUGGAGCUCAAGGCACUUCUCACGUCGGUCAGCAUCAGCGAGGACUCACGGCACCUGCUUGUCAACAAGAGCGAUGGAGAGGCGCAACUCAUUGACCUCUUCACGCGGAACUCGGUGCAAAAGUUCUUUGGCCACACCGGUGGCCAAUUCCUGAUCCGGAGUUCCUUUGGUGGACCGAACGAGAGUUUUGUCCUGAGUGGAAGCGAGGACGGCAACAUCUUGAUCUGGCACAAGAACACGGGCGCUCCGGUUGAGCGGCUACCCGGCCACCAUCCUCGAUGUAACGCUGUGACUUGGAAUCCGACGGAUCCGUUUGUGCUGGCGUCUUGCGGAGACGACGGCCGACUCAAGAUCUGGUCAAAUAAGACACGUAGUAUUGAACUACGGUCUCGAUUCCAACGGGAUUCUAAAAACGGUUGGAGGGACAAUGAAGGAGAAGAUUAG